CGCAUCGACCGUAGACUUCGGUGAGAGGCAAGAGAGGUGUGUCGCAGCGCUCGCAGUCGUCAUACGGUCGCACCGCCCUUCUUGCUCCUAGAUGUGCUCGUAAACCACGGGGCCGUAGUCGUUAAACGCCGAGGGCAGAGUCAGCGUAAGGGAGCUGCGUACUAUCUUCACUUCGUAGCUUGCAUCGAACGCUCAGUUCAAACUCUGAAGAGAGAAACAGCGCCGAGGUAGGCGCUCUCGACGCUUCUCGCACUUAUAGGCCCAUAGUGCGCACUGCGAUCUCCAUCAUUCAGCUGCACGCUCUGAUGUGCCCGCCAAAACCGACGCUGGACAAGAACCUCUCGGCAGAACACAUAAUGUGCCGCUCGCCCUCUCUUCUACUCGGUGGCUCCUCACCACCACCUGCGCACCGGUUAGCCUGCAACAUCGCACCUACUGCAGCACCUGCGACUAGGCCUUAGUGGUACACGGAAUUUGGAAGCAGGUGAGGUAGCACAAGGACACCGGACUGUACAAUGGCAUUGCCUGUUGUCUUCAAGCAAGAGUUUGUGGAUGCCACCAAGCUGCCCUAUCCAAUCCCUACAUCUCCAACACCAGUCAGCAGGGCCCACAGCGAUGUCAUCCAGUGCAUCAGACAGGAGAGGAUAAGAGACGCCAAGAUGUUGGUGCGGACGCAGCACUGGCCCCUGGACCAACCGCACCGAGGUGACCUGUGGCUCAAGCUCUGCCAGCACUACUCCAAGGGCUACCUGGAACCUGACUUCUACAGCAACACUGUGAAGGAGUGCCUGGGGGGAGUGUGGCCAAUGAACCUGCCUGCAUUUGCGGACCCCAUCUUCUGCGAGGACUACCUGCUGUCGCCCAAGGGGCAAAAGCAUGCCGAGCGGGUGCUCUACAUCGUGUCCGUCAGUCACCCAUACAUCACGUACUGUCCACUGCUGCACCCUAUCACGUCGCUGCUGCUUCACUACCUGUCCGAGGAUCUGGUGUACGAGUGUGUGUGCGCCUUGAUUGAAAAUACAACAGUGCGUCACCUGAGCCAGACCCGACUGAUGCACGACACCUCAGCCUACACGCUCAUGCAGCUGACCAGGCGCCUUGCAAAGAAGACCUAUUCACGGCUUCUGCGCAAAGUUCAACAGGAGGAGGACCUGGAGAAAAUCUUCCACACCUGGGAGCUCUGGAUAUUCCGUGGGCUGCCCCUCUACCACCUGGUGCGCUCCAUGGACUGCUUUCUUCUCGAGGGGGUGCGUGCUCUGUACCGCAUCGCAAUGGCCAUCCUCAUCCUCUUCACCCAGGACCUGUCCCGGAAGAAGAAGAACAAGACAGUGGAGGAUACGCCUGGAGAAUGCACAUCAGACACGGGCAGCUUCCUGGACAGGAUCAUAGUGUUCUGCAAGCAGAUACCCUACAAUGUGGACAGGUUCUUCAAGACUGCCUACAACAUUCAGGGCUUCAGUGCCAAGCUGCUGAAUCAGCAGCUGCUUAAGUCCGAGAUGUACAUCAAAAGCUGCUCGAGCGGACGUCUGCGGUCAACCUCCGAGAGCGGCCUCCCGGGCUCCUGCUACCACCUGAACGUGACCUCCACAUGCCUGACGGUCAAGGAAAUCAGGAACAGAGGGGCGCGUGCCAUGUCAGUAGGCAUCAUCCCCCUGGCCAAUUUCCACUCCGAGGUCCUCAGCCCUGAGCAGAUGGCCGUGGUGUGGGGCUGGCUGCCUGCACGCAUCACCAUGCUGCAGCCAGAAGUGAUCUACUCCACCAACGAGCACGGCUGCAGCCUGACCAACUUCUUCUUCCACACGGACACGUGGGAGCCCACGCUGCUGCUGAUACUGACAACACGUGAGGAGCGCUUUGGCGCCUACUGCUCCACCCGGUGGCAGGAGCGCAACCAGACGUACUUUGGCACGGGCGAGACCUUCCUCUUCACCUUUGUGCCCGAGCCACGACGAUACGCCUGGGUUGGCGCCGACUCAGCCGAGGACGUGCCCCAUUCAUCCAGCCUGUUCAUUUCGGCCAACCCGCACAUGAUCCAAAUCGGAGGAGGGAACGGAAUGGGGCUGUACUUGGACGAGUCCAUGGAGAAUGGUCGCUCCGAGCAUUGCGACACUUUUGACAACAGAUCACUGGCCAGCAGCGAUGACUUCGUCGUGCGCAUUUUGGAAGUCGUCGGCUUUGCCUGAUUUCCACUCGCCCAUCUCAUCCACGUUGUCACCGCAGCGUCCAGCAGCCUGCUUUGGACCUUUCAUUUUAGCGUACUUUGUUACAACCUGUGCCGUUUUAUCGCUUUUAUUGCCAUUGCAUUUCAUUCGUUUUAUAAGCGUUUCUUCGCUGUGUGAUCAGAUCAUGCGUGGCCACAACAUGCUCGCUAUUUUAGCAUGAAAACGUACGAGCUCAAGACAUCUUUUUCUUUUUGAUUUGGAGGCAUGUUCAUCUCUCAUUGUUCUUUACCAAUAUUGGUCCACCCUGAGUCAAUCGCAGGCUCAGGACGCUGGCUGUGAUCACCUGCCUGAGUCAUAUUCUCAUGUGUUCCUAUUUAUGCUUUGCAGUGUCCAUUUUGCUAGGCUAAGAUAGUGCAUUCUCAUUUUGCUUAGGUGUAUAGAAAAAGGUAUACAUUCCCAGAAUGGGUUUUGACAGCACAAUCUCAUCUGUUUUAACGUAGGAUGCUUGUGUACGUACCCUGAAGUCCAUUCUUGCUUAUGUUUUAUUUAUGAUGCUUGUCAUUUAUACAACCCUCAAGUCUACAAACCUGUUAUGUUUUACCCGUUUACCACAAUAGACUGUGCCUUAUUCGAAAUAAGGAGUCACAAAAUCGUAGUUGGGUGUAUGGAUAUACCGUGCCACAUUUUACGAUGCUUGGCAUGUACUGUGUUUUCGACGUAGUGCUGAAUAGCUAGAAACAUAUA